AUGAAAGAAAAAACACUAGAAUUUAAAGAAGAAAGUUCUGAAGUUUCCGAGUCACAAUAUUGGACUGGUAAGUUUUUUUUAAAAAAAGAACAUGGAUUUUUGGCUCGUAUUCCGGAUUCUUACAUAAACGAUUCUUUUAAUCUUGUCGGUUUAAAUAAGAAAAUUUCCAAUAUUGAGACAUGCUACAAUGCCAUUUUAGAUAAUACCACAAGUAAAGAUAUAUUAGAAGAAUCUGCUUUAUAUUAUUUGAUUCAUCAAAGGUACAUUUUUACAACAACAGGUUUAGAAGAUAUUUUAGAAAAAGUUUUAAAUAAGGAUUAUGGCUCUUGUAGCCGUGUAGGAUGUUCUACACCCCUAAUUCCUAUUGGUGGAAGUAAUGAACCAAAAGUAUCUUCUACCAAAGUUUAUUGUUUUAACUGUGUUUGUAUUUAUUUACCAAAAGGUCCUAUUAAAGGACUGGAUGGAUGUGCUUGGGGAAAGUAUUUUCCACAUUUUCUUUUAAUAACAUAUCCUUAUAAAUUCAAAAAGAAGAAAUUGCAAGAAUAUGUACCAAAAAUAUAUGGAUUUAGAAUUUAUGAAAUUGAAGAAGAAGAAGAGAAUGAGUCUAUUGAUGAAGACUCUAUGUGUGCUGAAUAA